UAAUUCGUGGAUCUUACGUCUCACGUCAAAUCUACAUGAUUGCUGAGCGGCACGGAUUCCAUCAGCGUGGACCUUUGGACCACGCAAGUAUUUCUUCCACAACGAAAGUCACCUGCACCGCGUGGGAACGAAAACUUGAAGCCGAAAGCUCGCUCCCGGAAAACAACUCCACAGCUGCUGCGUCGUCGUCUUCAUAAUGCCUCCUCUUUGCUACCCAACAACAAAGGCACAAAAGCUUCACGCCACGCGCAGAGAGUGAGCCGCCUCCUCUGUCUUCUCCGUAUGCCACCAUCGCAACCUUGAUUAUUAAUGUCCAUGGAGAGGAUCGUUUCCAUCGCGACCCUUUUGAUCGCAGCUUCUCUCUUCACCGUUUCAGCUGCUCUCAAGGAGGGACAAACCUGCGUCGCCAACAAAUUCUGCGACUCCGGCUUGCACUGCGAGACUUGCGUCGCCGAUGGAAAUACACGCCCUCGAUGCACUCGGAUUCGGCCCUCCAAUCCCACUUCACAGGUCAAUAAUUUGCCAUUUGACAGGUACUCAUGGCUGACGACUCACAAUGCAUAUGCAAGGAUGCAAGUGAAAUCGGCUACUGGAUCAGUCAUACUAUCUCCCAGGAACCAGCAAGACUCCGUCACUGAUCAGCUCAAUAAUGGCGUUAGGGGACUGAUGCUGGAUAUGUAUGACUUCGAAAAUGAUAUCUGGUUAUGUCACUCCUUUGGGGGACGUUGCUACAACUAUACAGCUUUUCAACCCGCCAUUAAUGUUCUGAAAGAAGUUCAAACAUUUAUGGAAGCAAACCCAUCCGAGAUUGUGACUAUUAUAAUCGAAGACUAUGUUUCAUCGCCUAGUGGACUGACCAAGGUGUUUGAUGCUGCUGGCUUGAGGAAAUAUUGGUUUCCAGUAUCUCGUAUGCCUAAAAAUGGUGGCGAUUGGCCGACAAUGGACGAUAUGGUCCAAAAGAAUCAGCGCCUGCUAGUUUUCACUUCAAAAUCAUCGAAAGAGGCUUCUGAAGGAAUUGCAUACCAGUGGCGAUACAUGGUGGAAAACCAGUAUGGUGAUGGAGGGAUGAAAGCCGGUGUUUGCCCAAACCGUGCGGAAUCACCCGCAAUGAACACAACAAGCAGGUCUCUGGUUCUUGUGAACUAUUUUCGAGAUAUGCCAGACUUAACCCAAGCUUGCAAGGACAAUUCAGGCCCCUUGAUCAGCAUGGUUAACACUUGUUAUGAAGCAGCCGGCAAACGAUGGCCUAACUUCAUAGCAGUCGACUUUUACAAGAGGAGCAAUGGCGGGGGAGCCCCGGCGGCAGUAGAUAUGGCAAAUGGUCAUCUUAUCUGCGGAUGUAAUAGUAUAACCUCUUGCAAGGCGAACAUGACUCUUGGCGCGUGCGACGUACCAAAGUCCAGAAUCGCCCCCAUCCCGGCCGCACGCGAUACUAGCUUUGCUCAUUUAAGUAGUCGAUCAUAUCAUCAGUGGCAGUUGGUUGGGACAGUGCUAUUAAUUCUCUUCUCGGUAUGAAGAGAAAAUGUAAAUCUGUCUUUAUGCAUUCUUUGAUACAGUCGUGAUUGAAGAAAACAUCCUCACACCAAAAUGAAGUGGAGCAGUUUAGAAUUAGCUGAUGGUGGACAUUGGAUUUGAAGGGGUCAGAAGCUAAUUUUCUUCUAUGAUCUAAAGUCGAAUUGGUUGAUCUGACUGUGGGCUUGAAGGCCUUGUCGAACCACAUUUUGCGAUACCAUCACUUCAGAACUGGUUGGAGCAUAAAUUUUUUAUUGUUGUGCUGUGCCCGAAUCAACUUGGAGAUGGGGUAAGUCUAAUAUGGAAAAUGACACAAAUGAUCUCUGCAUUUUUA